ACAGGCUCUGCCAGUCUGCAUCGUCUGUUUGACUGCUGACAGCUCCUCGCUCGGCUCGGCUCAGACACCCUCUCUCGACCACUCGGCCCGGAUCCACUUCUCCCCCCGCAGCCAUGAGGACCACUGUGCUCGCUGUUGUCAUAGUGACGUUGUGCGUGAUGGUGGUGGACGCAGACUUGAAGCCUCAGAAAGAUUUCAACCUGCGGAUGUUCACAGGGAGAUGGUACCGUGUGGGCCUGGCCUAUGACUCGCCAAGUUUCACCCCCUUCAGAGACAAAGUGAAGGCCUCCAUGGGCAUCAUUACAACGGUGCCAAACGGCAAUGUUAACCUCACCAUGUGGGACGCCACACCUUUAGGUUGUCAGAGGAAAGUGUACAACUAUGAGAAGACCAGCGUACCUGGACAGUUCACCUACUUCAGCACACGCAAUAACAUGGUGAAGGACAUCACAGUGGUGGACACAAACUAUACUGAUUACGCCGUGGUUCUCAAACACAAGGUUUUUAACAGAGAGUACACGCAGGUGGCGCUUUACGGUCGCUCGCAAUCAGUCCGAAAUGAUACGAUCAUGAAGUUUAAGGCCUUUGCCUUGUCCCAAGGUUUCCCCAGAGACUCGAUUCUGACUCCACCUCCGGCAGAGAAUUGCCCACCAUCAAGAUCAGGGCGUUAGGUUCUCGGAUGCACCUGAGAUGAUGAUGAUGAUGGCGGCAUGGGUAUCCAACGUGCUGCUCUGUGUCUGUCGGUUCACUUUUGACUAGCAUUUUCUUUGUAGAAUGUAUUGCUACCGAGGUCUCUCUGCUUACAAUGAUGAUGAAUAGCAAAUAUCGGUGAUGAAAUGCACUUGUCAUUCUGUGUUAUCUGGUGUCUUACAUUUUCACAUCGUUACUUUAAUAAACAAUAUUUAUCUCCAGGCUAUUUAAUUAACUUACCUUAACUAACCGUUUUUUGUUUGUUUAAUAUCCUAAAUGUAAUUAGAUGAGCUGUUUCAUAGUCCUGACGUAGUCAAAUAAACUAUAUAUUAUUCUCCAGACUGAGUGUUUGCUUGUUCAU